AUGGUGAGUCCAGUGUUUAUCUGUUUGAUAAUAUUUCUGAGCAUUUUGUUUCCAUAUGCCAACGGAGUUAGUGUGAUUAUUAUCAAUGGUGGUCAUGAAACAAUUUGGCCAGCAGUUCAUACAGAAAAAGGGGACCUAGUGAACCCCACUGGUGUCAAAUUGGAGUCCGAGGAACAAAUUGAACUCCAACUUCCUGAUACAUGGUCAGGUACAAUAUGGGCUAGAACUGGUUGCAGUGGAGACCCUAAUACAGAUUUUCAUUGUGCUGUUGGAGACUGUCGUACUAAAAAGAUGGAGUGUUUAGAAAGCAAACCACACAAUCCUGUAACUCAAGUGAAGUUAAAUUUGGUUCCAAAAGGUGGUAAAAGUACCUACGAAGUUGACCUAAGAGAUGGUUUCAGUGUGCCUGUUACAUUAACCCCAAUAGAAACUGAAUGCGAGAAAAUUUUGUGCAUCCAAAAUUUGGACAAUGAUUGUCCUGAUUGGUUGGCUGUGUAUAGUAAUGAAGGGAGAAAGAUUGCUUGCAAGAGUCCAUGUCAUUUCACGAAGGAGCCAAAGGAUUGUUGCACUGGUGAAUUUGCUUCACCCGAAAAAUGUGCGCAGAAUCAAUAUACUGAGCUUUUAGAUGCUAAAUGUCCAAAUGUUCUUUCUGCUGCUUUUGAUGAUUCUCAUUUUACAUGUUUUGUAGGGACUAGUUAUUCCAUAUUGUUUAACUAA